GAUGAUCGUCGCGUCAAAAAUAACAACGAUGUACGAGUGGCAGUGCUAGAGCAACGUGUACGUGAACUGGAAGCAGCUAUGAUUGGUAGUCAAAUUCCUUCAACGUCGAUCCCGGCUACUUCGUUCAUCAUUCCUGUCAUUAAUGCGAAGAACCCGUCGCGUAUACUUCGUUCCGCUUCCGGUCAAUUCAUAGUAUCAGCAGCCACAACGCCAACAACACAGCAACUUAUGGCUCAGGAAGUAGUGGACAAAGAAAUCGAAGUAAACGCAUUUCGUCGAGAGUCCGAAGAGGCAAAAGCACAUCUGGCAAAAGUGAAAGUUCGAUUGGGUGAACUGGAGAAGGAAUGUGUUGCGUAUCGUGAAAAAGCGAUGGCCAUUGAUGCGAAUCGUAACAGUACUCUUGCAACAUCUUUGGAAAAGAUCGCUGCACAGGAGCGAGAAAUCGCGAUGCUGAAGAGUGAGCUGGAACGCAAUGCACAAUUAGUAAAAGAUAUGGAUCGGAUCAAGAAGGAGCAUGAAUUUCUGGAGCUGCAAAAUGAAUCACUGAAUGCAAUGCUCGAUUCGAAAGAAGCAGCCAUUCGCGAUCUCGAAGAUAACAUCCUUGCUAUGAAAAUGGAUGCUGCUUGUAAACUGGAAAGUGGUUCGGCGACCCCGAAAGCGGAUGCUUUCUCAUUAUUCGAUAUCGAUUCUACGAAAUUUUUUCCCGACACAAAAACGCCGAUUACAUCCGGCGCGGUAAACGCAUUCCGUCGAGAGUCCGAAGAGGCAAAAGCACAUCUGGCAAAAGUGAAAGUUCGAUUGGGUGAACUGGAGAAGGAAUGUGUUGCGUAUCGUGAAAAAGCGAUGGCCAUUGAUGCGAAUCGUAACAGCACUCUUGCAACUUCUUUGGAAAAGAUCGCUGCACAAGAGCGAGAAAUCGCGAUGCUGAAGAGUGAGCUGGAACGCAACGCACAGUUAGUAAAAGAUAUGGAUCGGAUCAAGAAGGAGCAUGAAUUUCUGGAGCUGCAAAAUGAAUCACUGAAUGCAAUGCUCGAUUCUAAAGAAGCAGCCAUUCGCGAUCUCGAAGAUAACAUCCUUGCAAUGAAAAUGGAUGCUGCUUGUAAACUGGAAAGUGGUUCGGCGACCCCGAAAGCGGAUGCUUUCUCAUUAUUCGAUAUCGAUUCUACGAAAUUUUUUCCCGACACAAAAACGCCGAUCACAUCCGGCGCGAAUGACGGCCCGGGAUCAGCACAAAUAUCGCAGGGAAUGGCGAGCUCGUCAAGUUCGGAGGGCGGCAAGAUCCAGCUAUCCGCAGCAACGUCGAAGUUCAUCUGGAAGCAGUUAAACACAACCUUGGAAUGCCGUGUAUUGGCUAAAUGUUUGAAGGACAUAGCGGCAAAGGCAAUCACUGGCGACAUUCCAAGUGUUGAUCGCCUGCUGGGAUGUCGAAGUGAUUCGAUGUCGGAAUCGGAGCCAGAACCAGCGAGAACAACUCCAAAGUCAAUGUCCCUAAGCUGUGCUGAAAAACAUAUCAAGAAAGUCGCAGAAGAUCUCGAACGCGUCGAAAAGGACUUGAACUCGCUACGCGAAAGUUUUGUCGAAUAUUAUCAGAGGAAAAUUGCGGAGGAGCUAAAACAAGACGAAUCGUGUCGCAUACAGUAG